AGUCCCAUGUGGUGCGUAGCAGCAGUAAUGUCACUACGCAUGCGCCAUACUGAAGCAUGCUUCUCAGCAUCCCCUCUGUGACGACAAAAAGAUCUCCGAGGGGAUGAGCGGUGCGUGACCGUGUCUUCUUCACGUACUGCUGCUCAGAGAGAGACGGAGACAGAUCCACGGACAGUAGUCGGUUCCGUCCGGAGGAUGCGCACCGCAGCCGUCGGCAGCAGCAGGUUACGCUGAUUGAGGUUCGGUACCGUCAAACGGAGCGCUAACAGCAGGACGAAACCAUGAGCUGUAACUGGGGCACCGAGCUGUGGGAUCAAUUUGACAAUCUGGAAAAACAUACCAGCUGGGGGAUCGACUUCCUAGAAAGAUACACUAAAUUUGUUAAAGAGCGAGCUGACAUUGAACUGAGCUACGCCAAGCAAAUCAGGAGCCUGUCUAAGAAGUACCACCCAAAGCGAAGCAGAGAAGAUGAGAACAGGUACACCUGGUGUUUGGCGUUUGCAGCGACUCUGCAGCAGCUGAAUGAAAUGGCAGCUCAGAGAGAAGAUUUGGCCGACAACCUUCACACGCAGAUUGUUUGUGAACUGAUGAGGUACACCCAGGAGCUGAAGGCUGAGAGGAAAACUCAUUUCCAAGACGGUCGCCGUGCUCAGCAACACAUUGAAAGCUCCUGGAAGCAGCUGGAAUCUAGUAAACGCCGAUUUGAGCGUGACUGCAAGGAGGCGGAGCGAGCUCAACACAUCUCUGACAGGAUUGACCUGGAGAACAAGGCGGAUGGAGAAAAGCGCUGCUCUCUGAAGGCUCGUCAAACGACUCAGCAGAAACAACAAACUGCUGAGGAGUCCAGAAAAGAAUACGUUACCAGUUUAAACCAGUUUAACCAGGACCAGCACCAGCACUACCGCACACUGGUACCAAUAAUAUACCAGCGUAUUCAGGACAUGGAGGAGCGGCGGAUCGAACGAAUCGCUGAAGCGAUGCGUUUAUCGGCGGAAUCGGAGAGAAAAGUUCUUCCUGUGGCGAGUCGCUGCCUGGACGUCAUGAUGGAUGCUGCUGAAAGCAUCCAGCCCAGGAAGGACACCGGUCAUGUGGUGGAGGUUUAUAAAUCCGGCUUCGACCCUCCAGGCGAUGUUGAGUUUGAAGAUUACAGUGCCACCAUGAGGCGGAGCAUCUCUGAAUCCAGUUAUCUUGACAACCGGGCUGAGGGGCGGAGACACACUAGGAAGCUGUGGCCAUUCUUACGGAAAAAUAAGCUGCUCCAUCUCCUCUCAUCCCCAAGGCAGCCCCCACCUCCACCUCCAACCUCACCUUCACCUGGAGAAGUGGUUAACAGCUCACAGUCCCCGCCCACAGGCUCCAGAGAACCAAUCACACAGCGGCUUAGUGAUCUCAUGAGCUCUGGGUCCAGAACCAGGAAGCAUUGUCUCCGAAGUCUAAAGAGAGGGCUGUCCCUAAAACUGGGCUCUAGUCUAACAGACUGCAGCCACCUUCCACCUGAGCAGAGACGCAAAAAACUUCUAGCCCGAAUAAAAAACCUCAACGAGGUGAUCCAGAGAGAGCGAGAGCAAAGAGACGCUCUGCUGAAGAUGAGGGAAGUUUAUGAACGAAGUCCACAGAUGGGUGACGCCAGAAGUUUGGAGCCUCGAUUGGAGGAAGUGAAGCUAAACCUCCAGAGACUUGAGGAGGAACUGAGGAGGAACCAGGUGUGGCUUUCAGAGGCGGAUGGCGGUCUGUCUGAUAACAGCAGCAGGGGACAGAGCGGAGGUUGUGGGUUGAACUCCCAGGCAACAACACCAGGCAGCAGCAGCUUAAAGCAGCUGAAUAACCGCAGCCCAGCCAGCAGAGAGAGUCCUGACGGCAGCUACACCGAGGACCAGGGCGCAGAACUUCACUUCAAGUCCCGCAGCUCAGAGUUUGAUGAUGACUUUGAUGAUGAAGAACCCUUACCAAGUAUUGGAACCUGCAAGUCUCUGUACCCGUUCCAAGGUCAGAAUGAAGGAACUCUGUCAAUGGUGGAGGGGGAACUACUGUCUGUGGUGGAGGAGGAUAAAGGUGAUGGUUGGACUAGAGUUCGUAGGAACCUGGAGGAGGAAGGAUAUGUUCCUACGUCCUACAUCAAAGUCUUCCUGGACAGCAGCGCUAAAGGUCUCAAUGAGGUCCUUGUGCCAGAUGAGACCUGAGACUGCAGGCCGUUUUUUGGUUCUAAAGGUCUCAGUUAGGUCCUUUUUCUUUGUUUGACAACUCACAAAAAAAGUCUCAUAUUUCAGGCGAAUGUCAAUGUUCAGUUCUUUAAAGUAGUUACAGAACUACUUGGCCAAAUGACAUAAUUUCUUCUCUCAUUUUCAAUAAAGAAAAAGAAAAAUUAUAAAGGUUUAAUUUCACAGAAAAUAAAGAUCUUUGUCCUGACUAGACAACACCAGUGUUGGUUCUAGGCAUGGGCUGGUUACUGUUCUCAAGGUAUACAGUUUAAAAACAAUAAACGAUUACCUUCAUAUUGCAUCUGUAGCUUGAAGUACUUGUCAUGAAAUGCAACAAAAUGUUCUGGAGUGAACAGAGGUUUGAGUCCCAGAUCAACAGUUAUUGAUCCCAUCAGUUAGUCAUUUUUUAAAUGUGAAACUCAGAAAACCUUUCUGUCUCAGCCCCUGUCUCCCUCUAACAUCUACCUGUCUGUCUACUUACCUUUCUGUCUCUCUGUCUGGCAGGCUUUGUGCAGAGCAGCCGUCUUCUGUAGCUCAUCUGUUAGCAUAUCAGGACAUCUUGCAACAAGAAGUUGUGAAAAGCGGUCUGAUUGGACAGAGUAACUCUUCAGAUAUUUCACCCAAUCAGUUGGCGAAUGAUUCAUUUGUGAUGAACAGAAGCCUCUUGACUGAAAAACAAAUCAGAGACUGAUCAGUCUUUAGGGGUUAUUUUCAUUGAUCUCUGGUUAACUUUAUGAAAUGUUUUUCUGAUAAUUGAAAUGUCGAUAAAGUAGAUCCUGAUGUCCAGAGAAACUGUUUCUGGUUCAGCGUAAACUGCUAUGGGAUAAGUUAGAGCAGCAGGACUCAACAUCAUCAGCGAAGAAACUGAUCAAUAAAAAAAACAGAAAAAUCAAUUCAAUUAAAGGUGGAUGUGAUUCUAACAGGAAAUGUCAAAGUAAAAAUGAGCAGGAGCUGAAGCAAAACGUCUCAGGCUGUGAUAUCGUCACUGUGUUUGAACAUCUCAGUGGGUCUGAACACAAACCACUCAGUUCCUCUGUAAAUAUGAACCCCACUAACACCCAUGUUGCCCAGCUCCUGCAGAUAUUAACCAUGCCCCAAGGAGGAGCUCAUUUUGGCUCUGCCUCCUUAAUCGAUGAUUAAUUAAUAUAUUAAUUGUGUGAAAUGUGAAAGUUUGGACUUAAUAAUUAGCCUACUAACAAGUUAUUUAUUAACUGGUUGUUUUUUAUGAGUCUUACAAGAAUGCCAUUUUUAACUUCCUGUAUGUAAAACAUUCAAAAUAAAGUUCAUCCUUAGUUGA